AUGUCCCACCCAUAUAUUCAGUGUUGGGCAAUUGGACAAUUGGACGUUUUGGACAUUUGUCCAAAACCUGUCCAAAACUUGUCCAAACCCAAAACCUUUUUUUCAUUGGACAGAGAAGUAGAACGGUUUAUUUUCGAAGAAAUUAAGCCGACUACAAAUGGAAUAGCAUCACUGUGUAAAGUAUUACCUAUCACUCCAGCUCAAGAAAACGACAAUACAAAAACAUUUUUAAGGAGACAUUUUUUGACAGGACAAGAAACUGCGCCACAUUUAACGACAAGAAACUGCGCCACAUUUAACAUCAAGCCGUAUUUAUAUCAAAAUGGUUUUUUUUUACCCCAAGAAACUAAUUUGCUAAACUUCCAUAUAUGGGGGGGAAUAAAGGUGUUACUGGAAAACAAAGCGAUUGGCUACUAUGACUCUCAGCACCUUAUUUGUUAUGAUGUUAUCGGCUCUGGAGGAUCCGCUUCUGUUUACGCCGCAAAUUGGAAGAAUACGUCAACAGUAUAUGCAAUCAAAACGUUUGUCAGCAACGAAGAGGUUUAUUUAACGCACUUGGCGGAUGGACAUCAGAAUAUUAUUCGAUUACAUGGAGUUACGAACUUAGACAAAAAAGAAUAUUCACUUGUUCUUGAAUGUGCAGACGGUGGAACACUAAAAGAUCAUUUAAGGAAGAAUACUAUUUAUUGGAAGAAUCAACUAAGGUUCGCAAAAGAAAUCGCAAGUGCCGUUUUAUGGUUACAUGAUGAUAAGGGAAUAGUACAUGGGGAUCUUCAUUCCAAUAAUAUCUUAAUACAUAAAGAUACGAUAAAAUUAGCAGAUUUUGGACUUUCAUUUGAAAAAGGAAAGGAUCGUAAUAAUACUGGAGUAUAUGGUGUAAUACCUAUAGGAGUUUUAUUCUGGGAGUUGAGUAGUUAUAAAUCACCUUUUAAUGGACUCGAUGAUGACCAUAUUACGUUUAAAAUACUUAAUGGCGUGAGAGAAGAACCUGUUCCGAACACGAACGUUAAAUUUAUUGAACUUUAUCAAAAAUGCUGGGAACAAGAACCGGAUGAACGGCCAAAUAUUUCUCAAGUGAAUUCAGUGCUUAAUAGUAUUGAUUCUAAAAGUAAUAAUGUAUCUAUUGUCUCUGGAAGCGAAGAAAAUGGGAAUGAUCACUCCUGUCAAAUUAAUUUAAGCAAGAUUAGUCAAUUAUAUUAG